GCCAUAAAAAUGUUGGCAUACUGUGGGGCCAUGCGGGUACCCGUAGCAGUGCCGUUGACUUGAAGGUAUAUAUUGUCCCCAAAUGUGAAAUAGUGAAAGGUUGCUUGGGAUGUGUUGCUUUCUGACAUAUUGAACUGGUGCUGCUGGCUUAUCAUAGAGAGAGUUCAUCUGUUUAAUUUCUUACUCUGGAGGAUUCAGAGAGCAGAGGCCUGCAGAAGUUAAGGUGGUUCCUUCUUGUCUGUGAAAGAAGUAAAAAGAUGCCUUUGUAGAGCUUCUGGCAUAGAAUAAGUCCUGUGUGUCAUGUUUCCCUCUGAACAUUCAAAUAUAUGGUAUAGAGUUUUCUGUCUGCAAGCAUAAAUUCCCAUCUUUGACAAUGUUGCCCCAGUCUCAUAAGAAUGGCCACACUGAAUCAGACCAGUGGUCCAUCUAGUCCAGUAUUCUGUCUCUGACAGUGGCCAGUAUCAAAUGCUUCAGAGGUAAUGAACUGAACAGGACAAUUUUGAGAGUUUCAUCCUCUGUUGUCUAGUCCCGUUUCUGGCAAUUGGAGGUCUAGGGUAGGGGUGAGCAAACUAUGGCCCGUGAUCCGUUUUAAGCUGGCCUGCGAGCUGCACCAUGUGGCUCGGCCCCGCUCUGGCCGGGGCACUGGGUCGGGGGCCGCACCACGCAGCUCCCGGAAGCCGCUGCAUGGCCCUGCUCCGGCUCCUACACACUCCAAUGGGAGCUGCAGGGGCAGUGCCUGCAGAUGGGGCAGCGCGCAGAGCCGCCUGGCUGUGCCUCCGCAUAGGAGCCGGAAAAGGGACAUGCCACUGCUUCCGGGAGCCGUUUGAGGUAAGUGCCGCUUGGAGCCAGCACCCCUGAGUCUUUUCCCACGCUGCAGCCCUGACCACUCUCCUGCUCUCCAAACCCCUCAAUCCCAGCCCGGAGCACUCUCCUGCACCCCAAAUCCCUCAUCCCUGCCCCUGAGCCCGCACCCCUACCCCAAUUUUGUGAGCAUUCAUGGCCCGCCAUACAAUUUCUAUUUCCCAAUGUCACCCUCUGGCCAAAAUGUUUGGUGUCGUCCGUCCCCCUCCGUCCCCCCCCCCCCCCCCUCCUCCCCCGGUCUAGGGACACCCGGAGCAUGAGUUUGCAUCCCUGACCAUCUUGGCUAAGAGACCUAUCCUCCAUGAACUUAUCUAAUUCUUUUUUGAACCCAGUUGUAUUUUUGGCCUUCACGACAUCCCCUGGCAGAGAGUUCCUCUACACAUGGACUGUGCAUUGUGUGAAGAAAUACUUCCCUUUGUUUUAAACCUGCUGCCUGCUAAUUUCUUUGGGUGACCCCUGGUUCUUGUGUAGGGAUAAAUAACACUUCCUUAUUCAUGUUCUCCAUACCAUUCAUCUCAUUGUGGGCCACUCCAGCUCAGCAGCUUCCCUGGCAGCCAAUGCCACAUACAAGUGGGAUCCCAGGAUGUCUGAGGUAAUGACUCAGGAAAUGUUAGAUCAGUUUGAGGGAUUGUCUGUAUAGGAAAGGUGUACAAAUGUAAACUAAUGUGUGAAAUUAAAACAAUAUAGUUAUUCUGGUAUAGCCCCCGUUCUUCAAAAUGGAGAUAUACCUAUCUCAUAGAACUGGAAGGGACCUUGAAAGGUCAAGUCCAGUCCCCAGUCUUCAUAGCAGGACCAAGUACCGUCCCUUAUUUUUGCCCCAGAUCCCUAAAUGGCCCCCUCAAACCACUGAGCUUUCCCCCCCCCCCCAUUGCAGUAUAACAGUGGAUUUUUUUUCUGUUUAGCGUAUGUGUGUUGGAAAGGGGCUAAACCAAAAUGACAUGCCUAUUUCUUACACUGAAAUAGGCGCAUCCACAGAGGAGGUUAUAGUGGUAUGACUUCACCACUUAUACCCAGUAAAAUUUUCCCAUGUAGACAAGACCUCAGAAGCUUUUUAAUGAUUCUUGAGUUCUGCUCUAAAACCUCAGUCAUGCCAGCCAGUUUGCAUUGCUACUAGCACCAUAAACAGAUGAUAGGUUUUUGUGUGUGAACAGCAGUCGAAUUAAUGGGAACACAAGAGCUAUACCUCAUGCUAACUUGCUAGUGAAGACUGCCACAGUUCAGGGCAACUGCACCAGUAUUCUCCUCUUGCAGUCCACCAUGGACACUCGUCUAGGCUCCAGGCUCCUUAGCCAUCACCUCUCUUGGGCAGAGACCUGUGUAUAUCUCCCUCCUGAAUGGGGGAUCUUUAAGGCUGCACAUUUCCCUGCUUACAUUAUGAUCAUCCCCAGCCAGCUAGAUUGUUUAAAUAGGUCAGCAUUUAUUCUUUACUUCCUUUCCAAAGGCUAAAAACAGUGAAAUUGCCGGCAGUUACAAGUUACUACGCAGCUCUUUAUAAGCAAGCACGUUUAUUCUUAAGGUGAAAGCAUUACAGAGAAGGCAUGUUAAAAACAAUAAAAUAACCUACACACAUGCUGAAAAGCUUACCAGAGGUCAUCCCAACUCCAGCCUCAGACUCUAGUAGGUGUCAGUCCUUUAAAACCCACAGUUGGGUUUACCCUGUGGUUACAAGUUCAUAACUGUCUCAGAUUCAGAACCAGAAAAAACAUGAAUACUUCAGUUUUUUCUUUAUACAGUUUGGGAUUUUGAUCUUGUCCCCAUGUAACAGGUGAUCAGCAGAGAAUGACUUGCUCCUGAAGGCAGGAAGGGCUGAGUUUUUGCAUAAUCAAAAGUGGGGAUUUGCAUUCAUCUUCCCCUGGAUCUUCCCCCAGAUCUCUCAUAUGUCACAUCUCCCCCUUCGAGAGGUUACAUACAAUCCCAGCCCACAAUAAUACGUAAACCAUUCUUUUAACACAGUGGACCACAAAGAUAUUUAAUCUUAAUUCAAUAAGGUCUCCCAAGGAUACUUCAGGAAAUUGCCCUAUCUGUCACUAUCGCAGGGCAACGACUCUCUGCUGCGGCACCUCCUGCUGGUUGUCCAGGGAAUUAGCUCUUUUCAACCAGGAGCGCCUUCUGCUGUUCAGUGUUUCGCCUGCUGCUGGCCCCGUGCCCGUCCCGGACCUCGGUGCCCUUCUAGAUUAGGGUUCUGCCCCCUGGCAGUACCCCCUCAGUUUGGGUCCUCCUCUCUCCAGGUAGCUAGUCUCUCUCUCUCUUUCUGGCCCACUGCCCUCUUAUAAGGGCCAGCUGGGCCCUAAUUACACAGGCUACAGCUGUGGCUGUUUUCCCAAACAGCCCAGCUUUUUCCAUCUCAGCCCUCUCCCAGGGCUGUUUUAAGCCCUUCAAGGCAUGGUGGGGGGGGGCCACCCCGCCACAGUCACAAAGACAAGCCCUGAGUCACUGCCAUUGUAUCCAUUCCUCUGGGUAUGUUUGUCACGGUUGGUACCACACUACCAGCAGCCUCCAAACCUGAAGUGUUUCUGUAAUUCUUCUGUCAAGGUCAGAGUGGAAGAGGUAGUUGCUGUCUAUUCUCUUCACCCCCACCACAGUUUGCUUGCUGCAAGCUUAGUUUCUUGGAGCACCCCUAGCUAAUACUUGUGUGGUCUCCCUAACCCCAUUCCUUGCAUAGUGGCACAGUGUGUUAACCAGGAAGCCGUCAGGACUAUAGCCAGGGCCUUGCUGCCAGUGGGCCAUGCAACGCAUGUGUGGGGUUGUAGUCGUCCAUUGUGCGAUGCAAUUCAGCUAAUCAUCCCAUACAGUAUUUAUAUUGGCCCUUUUCAAUUUGUUGAUAGCUGUCCAGAUUGGAGGCUCUGUCUACAAAAGGAGCUUUCAUAUUACCAUACUCUUCAGGAUGAUCCCAUUUUGAGGGGCAGCAAAUAUAAAUAAAUACCAGUAUUGAGCAGUGUCUGGUAAUAAGAAUAAGAGGUCAACAGAAGCCCAGGUAAAGCACAUGAAGGCUGCUGAAUCCCCUCUCCCAAACCAACAAGAUCAUUAGCAGGUUCCUCUGGGCAGCCUUGUCUGCCUACCACUGUGGAUGGGAUCAGCGGGGACACAAGCAGCGCUACCUCAUGAUUGACUUCCAGCGGCUGCGCUACGGACCUGGAGCUGAGUCAGGUCCCUAUGAGGAGAAGGUGAUCCAGGUCCAGUACAACCCCUGCAGGUCGGCUGAUAUCGCCCUGGUGGCCAGCAGCAAGCAGAAACGCUGGAUCAUUGCAACAGAAAACAUGCAGCCUGGCAACCUCCUCAAAACCUCGGGGCACGUAGGCAGGAUGGCAGUCUCUGCCAGUGAAGGGGAUGCGUACCCUUUGGGAGCUCUGCUUGUGGGGACCCUGAUCAAUAACCUGAAAAGCCACCCUGGGAAAGGAGAGCAGUACAGCCGAGCAGCAGGGACCUGUGGGGUGUUACUGUGGAAGGUGAAUGGAACGGCCAUCAUGCAGCUGCCCUCUAAGAGACACAUGCAGGUGCUGGAGACCAGCAUAGCCACCGUGGGGCGAGUUUCCAACAUUGACCACAACAAGCGGAUCAUUGGGAAAGCUGGCCGGAACCGCUGGCUGGGGGAGCGCCUGCGCAGCGGAUUAUGGCACUGCAAGGGCAGCUGGGUGGGACGCAAGAUCAGACCACUCCCACCCAUGAAGAGCUAUGUCAACCUGCCCACAGCAGCAGCUCAGGCUUGACACCUGGCCCCGGUGCCUGCCCCUCAAUGGCUCUCAAUAAAAUCAGCUCCUCAA